AUGCUUUUCGCUCUGACCUUGGCGUUUCUUUUCGGUCUUCUCAGAUCAUUGGAAAAUGAAGCUUUCAUAGUUCACACAAGGUAAACAUCUUUUUGUCAGACUAAAAUUGAAGAAAGAAUCCAGCCUCGGAGCCUUGGAAGGUCGCCAAAUGACUUCAGCUUACUCUCCGUUUGGAAAUCAGACGGCAAUCAUCUUUUUUGGAAUUCCCUUCGCAAAGCCGCCUCUCGGAAACUUGAGGUUGAUUUCCCGAAGUUGUGAUGUAAAGCCUCAACUUCUCCAGAUUCCGAGGACCUGCUCCAGCAGGAAAGUGGCGAGGUACCCUCGACGCGAAGCAGUACAGCGCCGCUUGUAUCAGCAAUUCAUCGUUUGAAUAUUGGCCCUACAAACAAACAACGAUUUUUCAGAGUGACUUACAAGGGCAAGGACGGACCGAUUUCCGAGGACUGCCUCUAUCUCAAUGUUUUUACCAACUCUUAUUGUAUGAAGCAAGUGAGCGAUCCGAUUAUCGUUCUUAUAAUCUUUUGGGAAAAUUUCAGAAGGAUUGUGCUGUAAUGGCAGUGGUGCAUGGCGGCGGAUUCAAGGCCGAGUCGGCAGUUACGUUCAAGAGCGACGUGAUCAUCAACAACUUUGUUGGGCAGGUCAGAUCCAAGAUCAACGAGGACUCAGCCACCAAACGAAGCUCGGAAAUCUUAAAAUUGAAAUUAUUGAGCGCUUGAAGCUUUGAAAUUUUCUGAAAAUUAUUUUUUUUUAAUUUUUAGAAAGUGUUGUAUUUUGAGUCUAAGCUGUUCUCGAAAACCAGGACAAGUUACAGGAUGAAACUCCCAGAGUUUUCAUUCAGUACAUGGAAGAGUGUGACCAAAUUGUAUAAUAUUAUUAGUUCCGAGAAAAGUUUUGAUGUUCUAAUUAUUUUCUUUGUAUUUUGAAUCUGAGAGAUCGUGUCUUGUGUUCUCAAUAGCUACUUGGAACUAUUAUGUUGUUCUAAGAAACGGAACAUUGUGGUCGUCACUCUGGCUUACCGUGUAGGCGCCCUCGGAUGGAUGCAUUUGCCUGGAGACCAAAGUUCAGUCGCCGACAAUAAUUUGGGAGUACUCGGUUAAAAAUCACCGUUUUUUGUGUUAUGAAAUUAGUUACAGAUUGCAUAGAAGGUUUGCGUUGGAUUCAAAGAGACAUACACAACUUUGGGGGCCGGAAAGAUCGCGUCACGCUCUUUGGACACUCUGCUGGGGCAGUCAUGGUGGAAUUUGUGAGUCGAGAACUUGAAGACGUGACAGAAAAGCUGAAGUUUUAAGCUGGCUGUCUCUCCUUUGACUGAGCAGCUCUAUCAACAACAAGUUAUCAUGAGCGCCGCGGAAACUGCCUCGUCAAAAGGUUGACUUUCUCUUGGAUUCCUGCUUUUGAUUCUCGUUCGAAUAGAGACUCCGUUCAACGAAAAAGCCAGAAGUUCAUUUCAGCGGCAAGCACAAAGGCGUCAAGAAAGGUGGCCAUUAUUUUGGGCUGCUUGCCGGAAGAAAGUAGCCUCGAUAACAUCGAAAAACAUGAAAUCGCGGCGGUUGACUCCGGAAAAGGGCUUGAAAUGAUGUUUGUGAUUCAGGCAAUCGAUUGUUUGCGAGAAAAAGAUGCGCUGGAGGUGCUCAAGGCGCAGCUUUUGAUUGACAAAGACGCCGAGGAGUUCGUCGGGCCUUGGUUUGACGGCGAAGUCUUUUUCUGGUUGCACACACGGUUGAAUACAGUUUCCUUGUGUUUAGAUACUCCCAGACUACUCGGAAAAAUAUCUACGAAGUUCGUCGUACUUCAAGAGGACUACACUGAUCGGGACCGUCACGGCUGAAAUGCGAGAUUCCAAGUAUUUUAUUAAAACUCCUUUGAAAAUGAUCGAAUAUCUUCAAUUUCAAUGUAAUCAUAAUCAGAGGCGCUCAGGACUCCGAAGGGAAUCCGAUAGUAGAAAGGUGAGCCAGGGGGCAAGGUCGGCCCGAAUAUCUGAGCCGCAGGGUCUCCGAGUUCUGUACACACAUGGCCUUCGACAGUCCCUACGAACGACCGCAAGAGUUCCAAGCCGUCUGCGAGAGUUUCCACUCAAGAAGUCCCUGCCUGAAGACUCUUUGAGAAAUUCGUCGUGUUUCCAGAAGACGUGCCCCAGAUGAUGUCCGACUGGAAGACUUUCUACCACAACGUCAUCGACCACGCUGACGCCAACAUUGGCCCAUCAACCAAGUCCUUCGUGUACAGGUGAUGAAGAUCUGCACUGCGAAAAUUCAUCAAGAGGGAAGCUUUACACCAAAAAUUUUGAGAAAGUUCGAACUUUAUACUUAAAAAACGCAAAAAAUUCUUCGAUCGAUGAAAAACCAGAGAUCCUCAGAUUUAUUUAUAUGUAUAAAGUACAUAAAAAAAUAAUGACUUAGAGCAUAAAAUAUCAUCUUUUUGUAUAUUUGAAUGCUUUAUUCCUUGGAAAAAAAUUUUUUUUUGUUGUACAGUUUUUGAGAAAUUUGUGCUACAGGUCUACUCAAAAAAGUCCGUCAGAUUUUGAGUUAUCUGACUUCAUAAAGUGAUUUUUUGCCAAUGCAUUAGGCGAAGAACUUUUUCUCAUAACUACAUCUUUGUAAUAAAAAUUUCCAUAGUUUGAGGGAGUCGUACGUAAGAUAUUUUUUUACAUCAAAAAAAGCUUUUUUUUUAGUUUCUCCUACAAAGCGGGGAAAGCUUUCAAUCACUACCGGCCCGAUCGGAACAAUGAAGCCAGCUCUCCGUCACAUUCUGAAGAAUUUGUGCGUGGAAAAGGCUUUCCAAAGUAUCCAUUUUCUCAAACAGGUGUACAUAUUGGGAAUUAAUCGAGGACUGUUUGAAGAAAAAGAUUACGUCAUCGAAAAAAUCUUUUCAGGUCUAUAAAAACUUAUAUUAUUAUUAUUAAACGAUUGUAGGAAUGGUUGCGAAUUUCGUCAACUCGGGAGAUCCAUCGCCCUCAGAAGAGCAGAAGUGGCCUGUCUGGAGUGAGCAAGGAAACGAGUUCUUUCAUAUAGGUGAGUCAGAAAAAUGAAGGGUUUGUGAGGGAUUUUAUGAUUAAAUUACUGACAAUCAACUUUCUGGUUUGAAGAUUUCGAUGAGAACUUUGAGAUGCCGGGCGCCGAGGAAGGCUACUACGAAGAAGCAGAUUUGUUUUGGAAUGAAAUAGUUCCUAGGCAAGUGAAAGUCUUAAAAAAAUGUUUUUAUGAUGCAAUUUUUGAUUUUGAGAAAAAAAAAGAGAAACUUCAGGUUUUUUUAAUUUAGGGCAUCAAUAAGGCUUCAUAAGUUUCGUGCUUUUUCGAGGGUUCUAUAAAUCCGACUGUUAAAGACGGAUUGGUUAUAUAAAAACAUAAUUGGCACUUCAUUAUAAUAUCAAUAAGAUUCACGUUCAUCAAAUAAAAAAAAGUUUCUGUUACAGAUUCGCUGGAAAAAAUUUGCACGGAGAGAAAUAUCCUCCAGGAUAUGACACAUUUUCUUGCCGAAGCGUUAUAAUUCCUUUAGGUUUCUUCCUUUUUAUAUCCUGGCAAGGGGCUAUGAAUACAGGAUCGCACUGGUCAAAUCGCUCCAUUGCACAUGAGAAGACGUUUGAAGCCGAAGAAGCGUCCUACAAGCAGUGGACAGAGUUCCUUCUUUCGCAAAUCAAACAGCUCUUAGGUUGAGAAUCACUUCUUCGAAUGUAAGAAAAUUUCAGAAAAUCCUGAUGGUCUCAAAAGGGAAAGUUUGAAUCACUUUGCGAUGGACGGACAUUUCGGCAAGGCCAUUGGCUUUCCUUGUGAGAUUUCAUUUUUUUUUCUUCACUUCUCUGAAGUUUCAGCAUGGGUUAUCUUGAUCUCCGGAGUCACAGUAGUCGUCCUGACUUGCUGCAUCGGACUCCUCAAGUUCUUGGCCUGGCAACGCAGCCGCGCCGCCUAUCAACCUCUUCUCUGA